AUGUCUGGCUUCAAGAUCGCCUGGUUCGCGCAGUUCCCAGAACGUGCGGUCAUCUAUCCUGACAUCCCCAAGGAUGUUGAGCUUACCUGUGAGCAGCAAAAGGUCAUUGAGCUCGCAGAGGAGGCGCGUGAGGCGCAACUACACACUUGGUUUCGCUGGUGUGUAAAUAAAUCUAAGAAGAACCGCAGCCUAAAGAAGAAACUGACGGUCUUUGACAAUACUCUGCAGCCGAAGAGAUGUGCGAAGUCAGAGGCCAAAAUUUAUUCAGAGCUGUAUUAUGACGAGCGUAUCAAGCCCUUGGUGAUGGCUGAGCAAGAUGCCGGAAAUGAGUUACUGGAAGAUGAGACUGAAGAGAUCAAGGCAGAGAUUCAUGAAAAGUAUGAGGAACAACUCACUCACAAGAAGCGCACCAAGCAUGAGAAGAACAUUCUUGACGAUGACGCCGACAACAACGACAAUGAAGAGUUAGAUGCAGAGGCAAUCAUGCAAGGUAUAGAUGACUUACCUGUCAUUUGUCAAUGCUUCGCGAAGCUUGUCAAGCAGAAGACUCGCUUCAUGGUCUCAUUUAUGUUUGCUGGUCCUGAUCCCAGAAAUGACUGGGACAUGACGACAUUAUCGUGUCAUCCUUCAGAAACACCUCAAGGCGAUUCCUUUGCCGAGCUAUACCAGACGGCUGAUAGCGACUUCUUGGCAGCCUUCCAGCUGUAUGCAGAACAAAUAUUUCCUGGCAACAAGUGGAAGCCCGACAACAAGGCCGAAAGCAGUGAGAUUGGAGGCAUUGCUGAGGAAGAGUCUGAGGAGCGUGAAGAGGAUGGGGAGGAGUGUGAAGAGGAUGGGGACAAAGACGAGCAAGGCGAAGAAGACGAGCCCAACGCGCAGUCUACAGACGUCGAGGAAGAAUCUCAGCUAAAUGUGGAUGAGGGCGAGGCGAAUCAGUACAUGGAGUCUGCAAUCCCCAUCCCUGGUGCAUCCUUAGGUGAUGCAUCUGAUGCAUAA